AAAAGAUAUUAAAAAGAAUUUUUUAAAAACAAUGGUUUCACUGCGCUUCCCGUUCUUGUUUUCUCAGCCCAAGAAACACCCCAACGGCAUCUCCCGUACCAUCACUUCCCGCUCCUUCCCCGCCACCACAACCACCGUGGCAUGUGCCUUGGCCGCCGGAGCUGCCGCAUUUGCAGGCAUAGCAGCCACCCGCAACUCCAAAAAUCCAAAACAAGAUAACCCAUUCAUCCAAAACGCCCUGAAUCUUCUCUUCUCCAAUCACGUGCUGGCACCGUGGGCUUCACUCUCUCUAGCAGACCCUUUACCUUCAGUUGUGGAAACGAAGACCGGAGCAGCGUUUCCUUCGGUUAUUUUCGAGUCUCGGAGACUUUUGGGAAUUGGGCUGCGUAAAAAGACUAUCUUGGGAUUGAAGAACAUUGAUGUCUACGCCUUCGGUGUUUAUGCGGAUGUUGAUGAAGUGAGGAAAGUUCUGAGUGAAAAAUAUGGAAAACUCUCUGUUUCAGAACUCAAGGAAAGCAAGGAGUUUAAAGAGGAUUUUAUGGGAGGUGAUAUUGGCAUGACUGUUAGACUUCAGAUAGUCUAUAGUAAGCUAAGCAUUCGCUCUGUUAGAAGUGCCUUUGAAGAGUCUGUAGGAAGCAGACUGCAAAAUUUUGGGGAACCAAAUAGCAAGGAAUUGCUUCAGAGGUUCACUUCUCAGUUUAAGGAUGAAUAUAAAAUACCACGGGGUUCUGUGAUAGAGCUUUCAAGGGAGCAAGGCCAUGUACUUCGCACAACAAUUGAUGGGAAGGAGGUGGGAAGUAUCCAGAGCAAACUCCUAUGCCGAUCGAUUUUAGAUCUAUACAUUGGCGAGGAUCCAUUUGAUAAAGAGGCCAAAGAAGACAUAGAAAGCAAGUUUGCAUCUCUCCUUCAAGUAGAUCACUGAUCAUAUGUAGAAUACUGCUGUGGAUGACAUCUCGAAUAAUCCUUGUGAGCUGCUUAAGAACUUUCAGGGAUAUGACCCAAUUGUAUGGAAGGUUUUGGCAGAUUUAUAUAUCUUUGUUAUUGAACCUGUACUAUUGAUACGGAUUAUUUAAUGAAAGAACAAUGCUAAUCUUGCCA